AUGGACCAGAAUGCUCAACUGCCGCACGACUCACUUGGACCGCGGGCUCUAGGUAUCGUCACACCCUUUCUCAUUGUUGGCAUUCUCGUCUUCUUAGUGAGGAUCUACACUCGCGUAACCCCAGUAUACAAACUGGAUGCCUCAGACUACACUAUCUUGGUGGCCGUUAUUAUCGAAACCAUCAUCUACUCGCUCUUCAUAGCAAGUGUAACUUCUGGGCUGGGCCGUUACAGCUAUGAUGUGUCUCCAGAGGAAGGCAUUAAGACCCUUCGAUAUGUUUAUGUAGUUAUCCUACUGUCAACCUUUGUGCCCGCCCUCGCCAGGAUCUCGAUCGGGUUUUUACUGCUAAAGUUCGCGUCAACUAAGGCCUGGCGCGUAAUCAUCUGGUUAACGAUUGGUAUCCAAGCUGCUUGUAUUAUCAGCACUGAAAUCUUCCAGCUCAUUCAGUGCCGACCCAUCAAUGCCCAAUGGGAACAGGUUCCAGAUGCACGGUGCUUAAGUGCACGUCAGAUCUGGAUAUGUGGCUACACGACGAUAGGAGUUGCUUUAUUCGGCGAUCUGACUUUGGCAAUUAUGCCAAUGUUCUUAAUCUGGAAGCUUAACCGAUCGACUGUGGAACGGUGUCUCAUCACCGUUUUGAUGGCGCUUGGCCUGAUUGCAGCUGUGACCGUCAUCAUGAGGCUCGUCAAGAUGCGUACAUUGGACUUUGCUUCUCCGGAAAGGUUCAGGACUCUGAUACCGGUAUACUUUUGGCUUCGAAUGGAAGAGGCCAUUUUGAUAAUAGCUUCUUCCGCGCCCAUGCUUAAGUUCACAAUCGAGCAUGCCCUCCACAAAUUCGGCCUGCCUAUGUUCCAGCCCAGAGUUAGGAAACUGGCCUCGUUCCACGCCAGUAACCCAGUUUCAGAUACAACAACACGCUUGCGAAAUUAG